UAAAACCCAACAACAAGAACCCACAAAGUUGCUGACAGUGACCCUUAAAACCCAACAACAACAAGAACCCACAAAGUUGCUGACAGUGGCCCUUAAAACCCAACAACAACAACAAGUCUAAGAAGAAAGAUAAUCUUCAAAGCGAUGGUGGUGGUGCUGUGGCAGAACUGGGGGGAACAUGUUGGUCGCCAGUUGCCACAUUUCUUAUCCGGGGCAACACUUACCGAUGUGACCAUUUCUGUAGGAGCCAGAAGCAUCAAGGCUCAUCGCAUUAUUUUAGCCUUCUUCAGCCCUUUCUUUCGAAAAAUGUUUGAGGAAGUUAGCGAAGAACGUCCAAUGGUGGUAGUGUUUCCAGGCGCUGACUUUGAUGCAUUACAAGUCAUCAUCGCCUACAUGUACCGUGGACAGGUGAAUGUCCUGCCUGACCUUCUGCCGCAUGUUAUUGAACUUGCCAAGGUACUCAAGGUUAAGGGACUCGUUGAACUUCCUGCGCAAUUGGAUUCUGUCAUUGCUGAGUCAGCAAGGAAAGUUGGAGUUAACCACGAGGACAUUACACAUGAAAAUGAAGACAAUGAAAUAUGCCUUGAAGACGAAAGUAUGGUUGAACUGGAAGUUACUGCUGCUGACUCGGAGCCUCCCGUCUCCUCUCUAACCCCAGGAGAGAAUUCUCAGAGCUCUGUGGCUAUUAUGAGCGAUGCUCCAGUCAUAACGUCGUCCGCCGUGCUGUCGGCACAACAACACAGCCAGCCACACACACACAGAGUCACUACAGCAAGUACUGUUGGGGUGGAGAUCAAAACAGGGAAAGUGGAUGGUAAUGGCGAGCAUAUCCUUAUCCAACCCGAGGAUAUCCAGCUCUCUACUGUGGAUGAUUUAGCAUCCACUCACAUAGUCAAGCUAAGUGAAGAUGUGAGCAUGGGUGAGGUGCUGUUUAGUGGCGAGUACAUCCAAGGUGACGGAUCGGCCGAGGAACAUACAUCCGCUGAUGACGCCGUCUCCCUCCAGGAAGGUCAUGAGUACUCCUCAAACAGGAAGAAAAGGAGAAUAAUUUACAAACUUGCAAGAUAUGGACCAGAUGAUCUUCAAAGAGCAAUUGAAGAUGUACGUUCAGGAAUGGGAACUCUGCGAGAAAUUGCUGAGCGAUGGGGUGUACCGCACUCCACUCUGUCUAUUCAUGCAAGAAUGGCAGGUGUAGCUGUCCAGCAGAGAAGUUUGAUCUAUGACAGUGAAACUCUGGAAGCAGCAAAGCAGGCAGUGAAAGCUGGAGCCAGUUACAUGAAGGUAGCCCGGGAAUACAACAUCCCCAAGUCAGUGUUGUGGCGGCGGUGCCAGCAGGAAGGAGUGCUCCGUGAAGAAACUCGCCGCUGUUACAACUACUCUCAGGGCGACCUCAACCAAGCUCGCCAGCUGCUACUCAAUGGCUGCUCACUUUCACAAAUUGUUAAACAAACAAAGAUCCCCAAAACAACAUUGUUUCGUUUGAAAGAGCAGUUAGUACGUGACGGUAAGAUGCCAGCAUCGUGCAUAAAUAGGAUUUUGCGCCCAAGACGUCCCUCCGAGAUCUCCCUACAGCAGGCUAUUACAGCAUGCAAGGAGGGAGGCAUGUCACAGACUCAGGCCUCGGAGAAAUUCCAGGUAUCAAAGACAACUGUUUGGCGCCGCCUUCAACGAUUACAGCGAGAACGUGACAUCAAAAAUUCUUUGACUUCAGGGGAUACACAGAAUGUCAAAAUUGAAGUGGUAGAGGAUGCGACUAGUGACCAUUUAAAUAAUAAUUAUGAUGAAGAAAUCACAAUGAGGUACACUGAAGAGGGGGACUUGCAAUAUGUAGAAGCAGUUACUGACCAGAGUCAGAUGGAGAAGACUCUCAGCUAUGCAGAUGUGUCACCAAGAUACACCAAUUCUGGUAACUCUGAGAAAAUUUUUCAGAGAAAGAAUAAAAACACUGAGGAUGGAAAACUGAACAGCAGCAAAAGUGACAGAGAGGGAACAGUGUCAGAGUCCUCCAUGGUAACCCAGGAAGGAGACGACACAGUGAUUGAAGCCUCCCAGUCAUCAUUCAUAAAGAGUGAACAUAUAGAGAUAUUAACUAGAGAGGGACACAUAAUUCACAGUGAGGAUCCGCUGACCAUUGCUCAGGAAGGCAAGAUUAUGUCUGACGCAGAAGGCUCAGGAGAUGGGCCAGGGAAUUCUCGAUUUGAAUUGUCGAUGCCUCUUAUGAACUUAACCAGUGGUGAAUACCAAGUGGUGGGAAGUGAGAUUGUGAUCGGAGGGCAGCAGAUGGUAGUAUUGGAGUCCCAGGAUGCCUCUCACACUCACCAUCACAACCCCGACCAUCACCAUCACCUUGUGGUUGCGUCCUUUGCUCAAAUGGAAAGAUUAGAGGAUCUGUCCAAGGUGCAAAGAACAGUGGAAGUAGAUAACCUUGAACCUUCACUGCAACAAGGAGAGGACAAAGUCGACGCAAGCAUGGAGUCCUCGGAAAACCUUCCAUAGUUGCCGCUUCACCACCACAAGAGGAGACUACAUGCAUCCCUCAGAAAGUCUUUCAUAAUGAUAGUUUCUCCAGCACAUUAGAGUAAUACUCAUGCCACAUUAGAGUAAUACUCAUGCCACAUUAGAGUAAUACUCAUGCCACAUUAGAGUAAUACUCAUGCCACAUUAGAGUAAUACUCAUGCCACAUUAGAGUAAUACUCAUGCCACAUUAGAGUAAUACUCAUGCCACAUUAGAGUAAUACUCAUGCCACAUUAGAGUAAUACUCAUGCCACAUUAGAGUAAUACUCAUGCCACAUAAAGUGCGAUGGGCCUCGAGUUACAUUUAACUUUUAACAGGAAAAGUUGAAGUCUUUAUUAUCAGUUAUCUCACCCUCACUGGGGCUGAUAUCUCACCUCAGCCUUUCGGCAUUUUGUGACUUAUACAGGUUGAGUGUAUUCUGUAUAAUAAUUGAGUGUAUUUUGUAUAAUAAUUACCCACAGUGAGACUUUAUCAAGUACUUCAUUAUUAUCAUCAUGGGGGAGUGCUAAACCUGUAGGGAAUAUACUACAGCACCUGGGAGGGUGGAAGGUAUUCAAGCUCAAUUCAGGAAACUGGAGCACAGAUCCAAUUCCCUAGAUCAAGAGCCCUUCACUUGCACCAAGGAACCUCCCUUGAGGGGUCAAGUACACUUGUUAAAACUCCACUGUGGGUGGAACAUUAUAUAAUAAAGUUUUUCUCUACUUAAA